AGUGGGAGAGGGCAGACCUCCGGCAGGUGACAGUCUUGGUAGCAACGGCAGGGGCACCAUGACAGCAGGGUCCCAGGGUCCAUGUCCACUCAUCCUGGGCCUGCUGCUGUGCAUGCUCGGCCCUGCCCUGACGCAGGGUGGGAAGCUGUUGGUGGUCCCCAUAGACGGCAGCCACUGGCUGAGUUUGAUCGGGGCCAUCCAGCAGCUGCAGCACAGGGGACAUGACAUAGUGGUCCUCGCAUCCGAUGCCUCCAUGUACAUUAAAGAAGGGGCAUUUUACACCUUGAAGAGGUAUCCUGUGCCAUUCCGAAGGGAGGACUUGGAAGUGGCUUUUAUAAACCUUGGGCGUAGUGUUUUUGAGAACGAUCCUUUUCUGCAGCGCGUGGUCAAAAUAUACAAGAAAAUCAAAGAUGACUCGGCUCUACUUUUUUCCGCCUGCUCCCAUUUACUGCACAACAAGGAGCUGAUGUCCUCCCUGGCAGAAGGCAGCUUUGAUGCUGUAUUGACAGACCCUUUCCUUCCCUGUGGCCCCAUCGUGGCCCAGUACCUGGCUGUGCCUGCCGUGUACUUUUUGAAUGGAAUGCCAUGCAGCCUGGACUUUCAGGGUACCCAGUGCCCCAACCCACCAUCCUAUGUGCCCAGGCCUCUGUCCUUUAACUCAGAUCGCAUGACCUUCCUGCAGCGGGUGAAGAACAUUCUCAUUGCCUUGUCAGAGAACUUUUUGUGCAGCAUGGUUUACUCCCCGUACGCGCCACUUGCCUCGGAAGUGCUUCAGAAAGACGUGACUCUCCAGGACCUUAUGAGCUAUGCAUCUAUCUGGCUCCUCAGAAGUGACUUUGUAAAUAAUUACCCAAGGCCCAUCAUGCCCAAUACAGUUUUUAUUGGUGGGAUCAACUGCGCUAGCAAAAAGCCACUAUCUCAGACAGAGGAAAAGGAAGGAGUGAAAUAUCAUCAAACCAAUGGGCGUAUUCAGGUCAAAGGAAAGAAAGCUAGCCAGCACAUCCAAGAAUUUGAAGCCUAUGUAAAUGCUUCUGGAGAACAUGGAAUUGUGGUCUUCUCCUUGGGCUCAAUGGUCUCAGAGAUUCCGGAGCAGAAAGCUACAGAAAUUGCUGAUGCUUUGGGCAAAAUACCUCAGACAGUCCUGUGGCGGUACACUGGGACUCCACCACCGAAUCUUGCGAAGAAUACAAAACUUGUCAAGUGGCUGCCCCAAAAUGAUCUGCUUGGUCACCCAAAGACUCGGGCCUUUAUCACACAUUCCGGCUCCCAUGGUGUUUAUGAAGGAAUAUGUAAUGGUGUUCCCAUGGUGAUGAUGCCCUUGUUUGGUGAUCAGAUGGACAAUGCGAAGCGCAUGGAGACCCGGGGAGCCGGAGUAACCUUGAACAUCCUGGAAAUGAGUUCAGAAGAUUUAGAAAAUGCCCUGAAAACUGUCAUCAGCGACAAAAGCUAUAAGGAAAACAUCAUGCACCUCUCUCGCCUUCACAAGGACCGCCCCAUGGAGCCUCUAGACCUGGCUGUAUUCUGGGUGGAGUUUGUGAUGAGGCACAAGGGGGCGCCACACCUGCGCCCUGCGGCCCAUGACCUCACCUGGUACCAGUACUACUCUUUGGAUGUGAUCGGCUUCCUCCUGGCGGUCGUACUGACAGUCAUCUUCAUCACCUUUAAGGGCUGUGCCUUUGCCUUCCAGAAAUGCUUCGGGAAAAAAGAGCGAGCGAAGAAAUCUCAUAAAUCCAAGGCACACUGAGAACUGGGCUGGAAACUUGCAAACAGAGUCAGGUUAAAUUCAUGUUAUGCUUAUUCAAGAAAUACUUUGCCAGAAAAUAACACCCCAGAGUGUGUUUUAAAAAAUAAAAAUGAUCUAAGCGUUAGUCACACAUAUAGGUAGAGAUAUUUAAAUAUCUUUUCUGCUCCCUCCGGGAUCUUUAAUCUGGACUACACUUGUCAUCUUUCAAAUGACUUGCAAAGAGGGUUGGAUAGGUCCCUCCUUCAAUCUGCAGUACUUCACCUACGCAGAAAUGGGACCUGUUUGGGAGCCACUGCUUCCCCCUGCCCCCCCCCCACCCCCACCGCAGGAUGAGUUGUAACCUCAUCUUCUGGCAUCUGUAGAUGGAUGUGAUAGAUUCCUUCACCAAUAAUGCCUGGUUCUAAAUUAUGCUCAUGCUUCCCAGAUGUCACUUUGUGCAUCUAAGUAAGGAAACGUUUAUUCCUUGUACUUGAUAUGAUAUGAAUGAAUGGUAUAGAUUUCUGACUUUGGGGGGGAAAGAAUGAUGUAUAAAAUUGAUGGGUGAUAUGCCUGAGCAGAAAAUCAUUGCUUGAGCCAAAUGGAUCUGAAUUUGACAAAAGCCUAAAUUAUAGCGACUGGCAAGUAUAUUUUCUCCGAUGUAAUAACUAAAAACAUAUUAAUAAAUUCAUAUAAAUUAUAUUUA